UGUGGCUCACCAGUAGAUGCUUCAGGAACAUCCUGUAAAUACACAUUUUUUGUUUCUCUUUUUCUUUUAAAUUUCUCCGGAUUCCUUUGCUUCCAGCCCAGUUCUGGGAUCGAACACCACUCUUCCCCAGCAAGCACUCCUUGUGUUUUCCCUGCAUCCACCUUGGGACAUCAUCUCUCAUGGCAGCUUUUCAGAACAAUUUAUGGAACCUGAUUUCUGGAACCUUGGCAGUAGUGUGCCUUUUGUUGAUGGCUACUUUGGGAAUUUUGUUGAAAAAUUCAUUUUCCACACAAAGUACUCAGCCAACAUCCUCUCCAGGAUCCACCGUAGAACCCCAAGAAGGCUCUGACUGCUGUUCUUGCCAAGAGAAGUGGAUUGGGUAUCGAUGCAAUUGUUACUUCUUUUCCAAAGAACAAAAAACUUGGGCAGAAAGUAGGGAUUUCUGUGCCUCUCACAAUUCCAGUCUUCUUCAGCUGGAAAGCAAAGAUGAAUUUAGGUUUUGGAUCUCCAGUGGACUUUAUUACUGGAUUGGACUCACUUAUAAUGAAAAACGUGUUGCGUGGCUGUGGGAGGAUGGCUCUGCUCUCUCCCGGUAUCUAUAUCCAUUUGUUCAAAUUCUAAAUCCACAGAGCUGCAUAUUAUAUGAUAGUGAUACUAUUUUGGAUGAAGAUUGUGAGAAGAAAUAUGGUUUUAUCUGUCAUUUCUUACCUGUUGUUAAUGGACCUGUACAUUUUUUAGUAUAAAAAGCAGUUUUGUCUUUGAUUAUCAGUCGGUGGUUACCAGGUUGUAGGAUUCCACCAAUAAUCCUCACCUUCUGGUGUUUGUUUCUGUCUAUAAUUUCCUCCCACAUGGUAUUAGGUUUGACCUGUAUGACCAGAAGAACAGCAGUACAAAUGAUGGCAUGUUGCUUCUGAGGCAAGGUAGUAAAAGAAAGUGUGAAUUCUGCCUCUUUCCUUUUUCCCAGAUCACUUGAUCUGGGGGAAGGCAGUUACCAAGUUAUGAGCUACCCUGUGCAGGGGACUGUGUGAUGAGGAAUGGAAGCCUCCUAAAGAAAGUCACAAGGAACUGAGGCCUCUUGGCAGGAGCCAUGUGAGUGAGCCUUCUUGGAAGCCGACCCACCAGCCAGAGUCAAGCUUUCAGAUGACUACAGCCCAGCAGACUUCCUGACAGCAACAAGAGAUCCUGAGCCAGAUCCAUCCCUAAAGCUGUUUAAGGAUUCCUGUCCUUCAGAAACAGUGUGAAAUAAUAAAUGCUUGUUGUUUAUUUAUUUGUAUAAACUUAGGGAAUGACACCUGUGAGCCUCAUCCGCACCUGGAUCUCAUGAACUCCUGAACUUCGAGCUGAUGAUGUAAUAGGAUGAUACUUUUGGGGGCCACAGAAGGGGAUGAAUGCAUAUUGCAUGUGGGAAGGGCAGAAAUAAUUGGUGGCCAAGGGCUGGACUCCUAUAUUCAUUCUCCUAGAUGGCCCUUAAUUGUUCCCACCUCCUGAUAUUCACACCCUUUUAAAAUAAUCAAACAUAUUCUGUUAAGGUUGAUCUGUGUGAGCAAUAGAUUAUGGCCAGAAUUAUGGGAUGACACUUAUGAGGACAGGCCAUAGAAGACAGUGAGGCUUCUAUAUUUCAAGGUGCUUGGGAAAAUUUUUAAUCUCACCAGCAGUUUAUGUGAGUUUGUGUUGUUCCUUUUUCUCUCCAGCACAUACUAAAUAAAAAAGAAAAAUCCAAACCUGUUUUGGUCAAGUUGAUUCCAACUCAUAGCAACCAUAUGGGACAGAGUAGAACUGCCCCCUAGGCUUCCCAAGGCUGUAAACUUUACGGAAGCAGACUGCUACUUCUUUCUCCCAUGGAGCAGGACUUUUCAGUUUGUAGCUGAGCACUUUAUCCACUGUGCCACCAAGGCUCGUAUGUUUGUGAAACUAUCACACAUCACAUUCAUCAAUGUAGAUAACAUAUACAUUACCCCAGAAAAUCUCCUAGUGAACCCAUGGAAUACCUCCCUCCUGCUCCUAACCACACAGAUGACCAUUCCAUGGCAUUUUGUUAGCAUAGAUGUUCAUUUUCUAAAGCUUUGUAUAUAUAUAUAUAUAUAUAUGAAACCAUGCAGUUUGUACUUCUUUUGUUGGGAGUUUUUAGCUGAACAUAAUUAUUUAAAUAUUUUCAGAUUGAUUUGUGUUGUUACGCAUAUCAAUAAUUGAUUUCUUUUUAUUGGUGAGUAGCGUUACAUUUUAUGGGUAAAACACAAUUCAUCCAUUCACUGGCUGAUAGACAUUUGGGUUGUUUCCAUUUUGGGGUUAUUACUAGUAAAGUUACUAUGUGUAUUCACUCACAAGACAGUGCUUGGACAUAGAUUUUAAUUUCUCUUGGAUAAAAAUAAUUUUCUAGGAGUGGAAUGGUUGGAUCAUACAUUGUUACAUUUUUAAAAAUGUGCAUGUUUACAUUUUUAAAAACCUGUCAGACUGCUUUCCAAAGGGAUUGUUCCAUUUUAUAUUCCCAUUAGCAGUGUUUGAGAGCUCACUUCCUGCACAUCUUGGCCUGCGUUGGAAUGAUCUUUAGACUUUUAGCCAUUCUAAUUAGUGUGCAGUAGUCAUUCAUUGUGUAUUUAAUUUGCAUUUUUCUAAGGAAUUAUGUUUUUUAACAUCUAUUGAUUUGCUUAUUUGCCAUAUGUACAUCUUUCUUGGUAAUUUUUCUGUUCAAAUAGUUUGCCAAUUUUUAUUGUUUUUACUUUCUUAUUGAGUUUUGAUAAUUUUUGUGUAUUCUGUAUGAAAGUCCUUUAUCA